GUCAGAAUGAACAUCAUCUUCUCCAGGGACAGCCAGGUGAGGCUGAUGGACAGCACGGUGACCAAUGCUGAAAGGUACUUCGGGCAGUUCUGCUCGCUGCUGGCCGCCUACACUCGCAAGACGGCCCGGCUGCGGGACAAGGCCGACCAGCUGGUCAAGCAGCUGAUCGACUUCGCCAACACCGAGAGCCCCGAGAUGCGGGCCACCGUGAGGGACUUCGCGGAGGACCUGGCCCAAGUGCAGGACUACCGGCAGGCCGAGGUCGAGAGGCUGGAGACCAAGGUGGUCAUGCCCUUGAAGCUGUACGGCGCCCAGAUCAAGCAGACCCGGGCCGAGAUCAAGAAAUUCAAACGUGUCCAAAAAAAUGAGAUCAAACAACUGGAGAAACUGGAGAAGCUCAGGCGGAAGUCCCCCUCCGACCGGCAGAUGAUCUCCCAGGCGGAGACCAACGUGCAGAGGGCCUCGGUGGACACUGGCCGCACCACCCACCAGCUGGAGGAGACGGUGGACGCUUUCCAGAGGCAGAAGCUGAGGGACCUCCAGAGGAUUUUCUCGGACUUUGUGACCAUCGAGAUGGUCUUCCAUGCCAAGGCGGUGGAGGUGUAUUCCAGAGCCUUCCAGACGCUGGAGAAGUACAGCCCGGAGAGAGACCUGCAGGAUUUUAGGGCCAAGAUGCACGGAGGGUCGGGGCAUCACCUGGCCCGGCCCCUCUUGGAUGCCAGCCCCUCUCCAUCUGUGCCGUGGCCUCCAGGCAGCCAGGGCGCUCAGAGCACCGUGCGCAGCCAGAGGAGAGAAGAUGAGCAGAGUGGGGACUCGGUGGAGGAGGACCUCGGGGGACAGGAGCAGGGGCCCCGUCAUUAG